CACGACUCACAAGCGACACUCACCAAUCCGUUUAAUGGGUUUGAGCAAUUAUAUAUCACAGAAGAAGGAAACAAACUUUAUGAUAAAAUAUAAAGAAAAAGUAUAAGGCAAAGCCAACAAAAUGGGUGAUUUUGGAUCAAAUGGUUCGUCAAGCAUGAGCAUUGUGAUGUAUCCAUGGUUAGCCUUUGGUCACAUGACUCCUUUUCUUCACCUCUCCAACAAACUCGCAGAGAAAGGUCACAAGAUUGUUUUCUUGCUUCCCAAGAAAGCACUAAACCAGCUUGAACCUCUUAAUCUAUACCCGAAGCUCAUCACUUUCCACACCAUCUCCAUCCCUCAGGUUAAAGGUCUACCUCCCGGUGCGGAGACCAACUCUGACGUCCCCUUCUUCUUGACUCAUUUGCUCGCGGUUGCAAUGGACCAAACCCGCCCAGAGGUCGAGACCAUCUUCCGUACAAUCAAACCAGACUUGGUUUUCUACGAUUCUGCCCAUUGGAUACCGGAAAUUGCUAAACCGAUGGGUGCUAAAACUGUUUGCUUCCACAUCGUGAGCGCUGCUUCAAUCGCGCUGUCUCUUGUCCCUGCUGCUGAGCGAGAGGUCAUUGAUGGGAAGGAAAUGUCAGGGGAGGAGUUAGCUAAGACGCCUCUAGGUUACCCGUCUUCGAAAGUGGUCUUGCGUGCCCAUGAAGCAAAACUCCUAAGCUUCGUGUGGAGGAAGCACGAGGGAAUUGCUUCUUUCUUCGACGUACAAGUCGCUGCGAUGAGAAACUGCGACGCGAUAGCUAUAAGGACUUGCCGUGAGACGGAAGGCAAGUUCUGCGAUUACAUCAGUAGCCAAUACAACAAACCAGUUAACCUAACCGGACCUGUACUCCCCGGAUCCCAACCCAAUCAGCCCUCUUUAGAGCCUCAAUGGGCAGAGUGGCUAGCCAAAUUCAAACCUAAUUCGGUUGUGUUCUGUGCUUUCGGUAGCCAACCCGUUGUAGACAAGAUAGACCAGUUUCAAGAACUCUGUUUAGGGCUAGAAUCAACUGGUCUACCGUUUCUGGUUGCGAUAAAGCCUCCUUCAGGUGUAUCAACCGUCGAGGAAGCGUUACCGGAAGGAUUCAAGGAGAGGGUUCAAGGACGUGGCGUUGUAUACGGAGGUUGGAUUCAGCAACCGUUGGUGUUAGACCAUCCUUCAGUGGGGUGUUUCGUUAGCCACUGCGGGUUUGGGUCGAUGUGGGAGUCUUUGAUGAGUGAUUGUCAGAUCGUUCUGGUUCCGCAUCACGGAGAACAGAUCUUGAACGCGAGGCUUAUGACAGAGGAGAUGGAGGUGGCGGUUGAGGUGGAGAGAGGAGAGAAUGGAUGGUUCUCGCGGCGGAGCUUGGAGGAUGCUGUGAAGAGUGUGAUGGAGGAAGGUAGUGAGGUUGGUGUGAAAGUGAGGAAGAAUCAUGACAAGUGGAGAUGUGUUUUGAGUGACUCUGGUUUCGCAGAUGGUUAUAUCAAUACGUUUGAACAGAGUUUGACUGAACUUGUGAACAAGUCAUGAAUUCAUAAUUCGUCAAUGUCUAUGUGUUAUUGUAAGUUAUGAGUUUUUAUAAAUUGUUUUA